CUCAAGUAGGAAAUGCAAGCCUGGGAGCUUUAUCUGAUCAUUUCUGUGAUUGCAGUGACAGCUUCCACACAGAAUGGAGAUCCUCCAAAGGUGACUCUGAUACUGCAGACACAGAGGGAACCCGUGUACACUGGAGACACUGUGACUCUGAAGUGCAUUGUUGAGGGGCUCAUUGAUAUUUGUAUACAUCGAUGGUUCAAAAAUAGUCUGCCAAUCUGGAGGGAAAGUAGAGAAAACACUCACAUAUUUCAGUCUGUGACUCAGUCUAACAGUGGAGAGUACCAGUGUGAUGGCUACAGAUAUGAUACUCGCCAGAGGUCACUUCUCAGCAAUGCUGUCAUACUGAAUGUUCAAGAAAGGACAGCCACAUUAAAGGUGAUCUCUGGACAUACGGAUGAUCGGAUAUAUGUAGGAGAUGAAGUCAACCUGCUCUGUCUGGUCGAUGGAGAUCCAGCUGACUGGACAUAUGAGCUGUACAAGAGUGGAGAUGAAAGCCCUCAUAAAACUCAAAUGGAGAAGAACUUCACCAUCGGCCCUGUGACCCUCUCACAUAAUGGGGAGUACAAGUGUCGGGGAGCAAGAGGAGCACUUUAUUCGAGUUUUAGUGAUCCUGUUCAGUUAUAUGUGUCAGAAAGGACGGCCACAUUAAAGGUGAUUUCUGGGCGUACAGAUGGACGGAUAUAUGUAGGAGAUGAAGUCCACCUGCUCUGUCUUCUUCCUGGUGAUUUAUUUGCCUGGAGAUAUGAGCUACAGAAGACCGGAGAUGAAAACUCUAACAAAACACAAAGGGAGCAGAGCUUCACCAUCGAGCCUGUGAGUCUUUCACAUAGUGGAGAGUACAAGUGUCGGGCUUCAAAAGAAGAGCUUUAUACGAAUUUUAGUGACCCCGUUCAGUUACGUGUGUCAGAUUUUUCAACCCAGAAUUACCUUCGACUUGGAGCAGCAGGUCUGGUGCUGAUUGUGCUGGCAAUCAUUAUGAGCAAGUGUUUCUGGAACAGGGUGCUCCCAGCUGGCGGAUCCAGUGGAUAUGCGUGUUCAGUACAAACAGGGUCGGAAAGUAAUUUGAAUUAGUAAAGAACAUGAAGAACGAUGUCCUGAAUAGAGUAUAAUAACUCUUCUGUGGUGAUACCAACUUUCACAUAACAUUUAUGAUUUUAUAAAAAUACUCACAUCUGCAAAUUUAAAAAAAAUGGAAAUAAAAAACAUAAUCUUAGUGAGCCAGAGACCGUUAUGGCACAGCCCUGUGAUAGCUGGUUGUGAUGUCUGACAUACCCAGCGAUUCAGUACAACUGGUCUGUGUGACGGUCAGGGUUGGCUUCACAGUCCAUGGCAGCUUGAACCUGGAAUCGUCGAUAGUCAUAGGCUGGGAAUGAGCUGGGCAAAUGAGGACAUAUAUAGUCAAGAAGAAGGAUAGAUAGAUAGAUAAAUGGUAGGCAAGAUUAGAAAUUUAGAUAGAUCAACAAGAAGAGUAUUGUAUAGGAUACAUAGAUAGCUAGACAGAUAGAACUUUAUUUGUCCCGUGUGGGAAAUUUAGCUUUACAGAAGCUCUUUAAAUAAAUAAAUACAUAAA